AUGGACGUAUCCGCGAUAGCAACUGCUAUUAGCAAAAUGAACAAUCAAAUUGAAAACCCCGCUAACUCGCAGCGGGCCGAAACGCGAAAAGCUCACAUAAUGCGGGGAGGCGAGUCAGACUCGCCCCAGCAGGAGGAACUGCAGCAGCUACCGCUACGGGCAAUCAAUAGGCAAUUAGCGACCGCGGGCGGUGGCCGCCGAGUGUUCUUGAGGGCGCGCGUGCCGCCGCCCGCCCUACGCACGCAC